AUGGUCUCAUCCACUGAGGGCAUUGGCUCAAUCUCGUCCUCGCUAGUGGAGGAAUCAAAUACCAAUGGCACAGGGUCGGGUUCAGAUGAGCAUGUGUAUUUACUUGUAAAUAUUCUUGUUCUUUUGUCUUGUAGCCCCAGAAUGGCCUCAGGAACGCAAGAGAAACAGUAUACGGCUUCUCUACUUAAUUUCUUCGUUUAUAAUCCAACAUUUGGUCCACGGGAAGGCGAGGAAGAGAAAAAGAUUCUAUUUUAUCACCCCAACGAAGUGGAGACUAACGAGAAGAUACGAAAUGUUGGCCUUUGUGAAGCUAUUGUCCAAUUCACCAGAACAUUCUGCCCGACAAAACCAGCAAAAUCCCUGCAUACGCAGAAAAACCGGCAGUUUUUCUUUGAGCCUGAGGACAAUUUUUGGAUGGUCAUGGUGGUUCGGAACCCAAUGAUCGAAAAACCAAACAAAGAUGGAAAACCACCCACCAUAGAAUAUCAGGAGGAGGAAAUACUUGACACAGUUUAUGGAGCAGUGGUAAAGCAGUGCUACAGUAUGUAUAAGCUUUUCAAUGGUACCUUUGGUAGAGCCAUGGAGGCAGGCGGAGUAGAGUUGCUAACUCAGAAGCUUGAAAAAUUCUUUUACAGGUAUCUACAGACUCUCCACUUGCAGUCAUGUGACCUCCUGGACGUAUUUGGAGGCAUCAGCUUCUUUCCUCUAGACAAGAUGACAUACCUGAAGAUCCAGUCGUUCGUCAACCGCGUGGAGGAGAGUCUCAGCCUCGUCAAAUACACAGCAUUCCUCUAUAACGAUCAGCUCAUUUGGAGCGGUCUAGAACAAGAUGAUAUGAGGAUCCUGUACAAGUACCUGACCACAUCGCUGUUCCCAAGGCACUCUGAGCCUGAGUUGGCCGGUAGGGACUCUCCUCUGAGGCCAGAGGUUGCAGGCAAUUUGUUGCACUAUGGAAGGUUUUUGACAGGACCAUCCAAUAUUAAAGACCCUGAGGCCAAAUUUCGGUUUCCCAAAAUAUUUGUGAACGCAGAGGACGGCCAUGAGGAGCUGCACCUCAUUGUGUACAAGGCUAUGAGCGCCGCCGCCUGUUUUAUGGUUAAUGCUUCUGUGGAGAUGACAAGGGAGUUCUGUGAGCAGUUGGAUGGCUUGGUGGGACCGCAGCUCACCCUGCUGGCUUCUGAUAUAUGCGAACAGUUCACCAUCAACCGUAGGAUAUCGGGGCCUGACAAGGAGCCUCAGUUUAAGUUCAUCUACUUCAACCACAUGAACCUGGCAGAAAAAAGCACAAUACACAUGAGGAAAACAGCCAGCGUAUGCCUCACGUCUGUCCACCCGGACCUCAUGAAGAUCUUAGGGGACAUCAACUGUGACUUCGCCAGAGUUGAUGAAGAUGAAGAAGUCAUAGUAAAAGCUAUGACAGACUACUGGGUUGUUGGCAAAAAGUCAGACCAGCGAGAACUGUAUGUCAUCUUAAACCAGAAGAAUGCCAAUUUAAUUGAAGUCAAUGAAGAGGUGAAGAGACUUUGUGCGACGCAAUUCAACAAUAUAUUUUUCCUGGACUGA